CGACUGCUGGGGGCUGCACCAUUUGAGAGAGAGGGAGAGCACCCCACUGUUCUACGUUUGGCUGUCAUGGACCUUAUUUGAUGAGAGAGAUAUGGGCCUUCUUCGAUGAGAGAGAGAGAGAGAUGGGCCUUAUUUGAUGAGAGAAGAGAGAGAGAGAGAGCUCGACUCCAAAUAUAGGGAUUUUCCGCCAAAAAUAGAUGAGAGCUUAAAUGGUAAAAUAGGACCAAAUUCAGAGUCUGGUGCACGCGAGACCAUCUUCAUUGAUUCCCAGUCCGCUGUUUCAGCGCACCAAAACCACGAGUUCAAAUCUCACUCUGUCCCCCCUUUGUCAACUACUCAACUUUUGUUUGAUUUUUAACCGAGAUUUCGUUUUCUUACUAUUGGAAACCGAAAUUUCGUCACAUUUUAUCGUUACUUUCGCUUCUGAAGUAGGUACAUUUAUUCGGGACGCAAGUUGCAGAGAACAGUAUAUUUGCAUUCCUUUUCUUCACCUUUUUGGGUUAUUGAAUCAUUAUGGACACAGACUCCAGAUGUUUUGCCAUGGCGGUGCUUUGACGAUUGCUCGAUUCCCGUUUCUUUACUGCAGAGGGUUCAAAUUAGAGAACAAGUUUUCAGUUUCUCACUCUUCGAGAGUAAGAGUUUCUCUGUCUACCAGAAUCAAAAUGUCUGCUUCAGAACAUGCUGAUGAUCGUCUCCAAAGGAUUUCUUCUUCAAUUCGAGUCAUACCCAACUUCCCAAAACCAGGGAUCAUGUUCCAAGACAUAACUACAUUGUUACUUGACCACAAGGCCUUCCGUGACACUAUUGAUAUACUGGUGGAGCGGUACAAGGAUAAGAAUAUUACUGUGGUUGCUGGAGUAGAAGCAAGAGGCUUUAUUUUUGGACCCCCUAUAGCCUUGGGUAUUGGAGCAAAAUUUGUUCCAUUGAGGAAACCAAAGAAGUUGCCUGGUGAAGUCAUCUCCGAAGAGUAUUCGCUAGAGUAUGGAACAGAUCGAAUGGAGAUGCAUGUAGGAGCUGUACAACCAGGAGAUCGCGCACUUGUUGUGGAUGAUCUUAUUGCAACAGGAGGGACCUUAUGUGCAGCAUUGAAGUUAUUGGAACGUGUUGGGGCAGAGGUGUUUGAAUGUGCAUGCAUAAUUGAAUUGCCAGAGUUGAAGGGACGGGACAAGUUGAAAGGCACACCACUCUUUAUCCUCGUAGAAGCCAGUUGAUCAAAUUCAGAGGGCAUCAUGGUCUUGCAAGGUCCAUGUUGCAAAGCUUUAUGAGUAGCAAUGCUCAUAUUGUUGCAGUUCAAUACUAUAAUAAUCAGUGAUGUUUCUUUUUAUGUACCUUUCCAUAAUAAUGUUCAUAAAAAAGAGAAUCGGCAUUUCUUACUUGUAAACUGUUGUUAUCCUCAUAUAAUUGCAAGCAACGCUCUCCCUGCUGUAGUGCACCUUUAUUUCUUCCUA